AUGUCUGGCCCAAAUCUUCACAAUGCUCUCCUCCGACCUCCAAUUAUCCAGAUCCUUCGCGCGCAAGGCUUUCAUUCCACGCGUCCUUCAGUCCUCGAAUCUUUGCAAGACCUGACCGGCCGAUAUAUUCAAAUUCUCGCUUCUGGAUCAGCGGAACACGCCGCAAACGCACACCCAGAAGACCCCAUUCCAAGACUUGAGGACAUCUACCAAGCACUGCAGGACGCAGGAGCCAUACGGCCCCAAUUACGUGAGAUGGAUGAAGAUUGGCAGGGCGAGGAAGAUAUGCGCGGUCUUCAGUCUUUCAUUGGGUGGAUUAAGGGCCCAGCUCAUGCGGAAAUCCGAAGAGUUGCCGGGUUCCUCCCGAGUGAGGGUGAUAUCAUUGAUCCUGACGCGAUUGAGAAGGAGGAUUAUCUCACUGCUUUGAAGAAGAAGCACAGCAAGACGGGCGAAGAAUCUCGUUAUGCUGGGACUGUCCUGGGAAAGAGUGCCGAGGAACGCCCCAUCAUCAUCGAGGGCGGUGCUCCAAGCAUCCAGGAAUGGGGAGCCCAGAUACGUGCCCGUGCACCUGAGAACGGCGGUAUUGACAGCGAUACCUCAGGUGUCAGCAGCGCACCUAGCCAUCUAUCCGACGAAGAAACCAUGGCCGCCUGA